CGGUAUUUCCAACUGCACAACCGAGUUCUACAAUCCAUCUGUGGGACCAAUGCCUGCGCUGGAAAUCGUGUCCAUACCAACUGCUGUGGAUCCUGAAGGAACUCCGACCCGGCUUGGAGUGGAAAAGACCCAGACGGAUGAUGGAACGAAAGCGGCUAAUUCAGCAGAGGAAAAUCAUGCACACGACCCACAUGCAGUGCAUCAUGCUCCAGCAGCUGCGAAGGUUAAUUCCAGCAACAAUGUUGGGAAGUACCGCCUCAUACGCACAAUAGGGAAAGGAAAUUUUGCGAAAGUUAAACUGGCCAUUCAUAUGGCCACUGGAGCAGAGGUGGCGAUUAAGAUAAUAAACAAGACGCUGAUGGACAGCACACUCCUUAAACGCCUUCGUCGGGAGAUUACCAUAAUGAAAACUACCAACCAUCCGAAUAUUGUCCGGUUGCUUGAGAUAAUCGAGAAUGAAGAUGUUCUUUGUCUGGUAAUGGAAUAUGCCAGUGGAGGUGAAAUUUUCGAUUACCUUGUUGCCAACGGGAAGAUGCGAGAGAAAGAGGCUCGUAUUAAAUUCCGACAACUUCUGUCUGCUAUUCAAUAUUGUCAUUCGAAGCGCAUUGUUCACCGAGAUCUCAAGGCCGAAAACAUACUGCUUGAUCGUGACUUGAAUGUGAAGGUAGCAGACUUCGGACUAGCCAACACUUUUGAUUAUGGUCAGCGUCUGAAUACAUUUUGUGGUAGCCCUCCAUAUGCAGCUCCUGAACUUUUUCUUGGUAUUCCUUAUUACGGACCCGGUGUGGAUGUUUGGUCGUUGGGUGUGAUUCUGUUCACUCUUGUUCUGGGGCAUCUACCAUUCGACGCUCGCGAUCUUCGGGAAUUAAGAAGCAAAAUCAUCGGCCUGAACUACACUAUCCCCAAAGGAUCAGUCUCUCCGGAAUGCGAAGCGCUUUUGAGGAAGAUGCUUGUUUUGGAUCCGAAAGACCGCUCUUCUCUCAAAUUUUUGAUGCAAGAUAAAUGGGUCAAUAUGGGCUAUCCGCCAAACGAUGUUCUGCGACCGUUCAAAGAACCGCCGCGAUCUCAACUGGAUGAAGUGAGGGUCAAGGCCAUGGAAGCCAUGGGAUUUACAAGGGCGGAUCUCGAGUCUUCGGUCGUUAAUCCAGAAUUCGACCACGUCUACGCCACCUAUCAUCUGCUUCCCGAAACUCCUUCGCAGUUCUUUGUUCUUUGCGAGGAAUUCGCAAAAGCUCCGUCUCCACAGUCUCAGGCUAACUUGACACUUCCAGAUUCAUUGCUCCACACACAGACGAGUCCACCUCAGUCUAAGCUAACACCAGAGGCUGACAAGCCGACAGUUGAGAUCGGCCGCUUCACUGUUGCACCAAGCGGAAAAGUGGUUGAAUCCAGUCCGAAACCGUCGCAAACACCGCUGCCGAAACAUCCAACCCUUGCUAUGGAAGGGGUCCAUCGUGAACACCACUCUUUGACGUCUUCUCUCCCGGUUGCUCUAAAGCGUGCGCUUGUUCAAAUGGGGCAAGUGUUUAGUGGCACUGGAAGUGCCCACACGUCUGUGACCACGGAGCACAACGCUGAUUUUCACACACGUACUACAUCGCACACAAUUAGCGGUCGCCCAUCCAACAAACCGGCGAAACAGGAUGGUGGAAGGAGUGUAGUUACAGCAGCGCCUGUUCCCAUAAUUUCCUCGAAGAAGUCACACGGUACUUCUCAUUCAAAACGGACUUCACCACACACAAACCUACCCACCCAUCCUGCGUCUGUGGUACGUACAGUGAGUACAGAAAGCGCAUCGACAGGCAGCUUUGCAGCUGGAUCUCGUGGGACUCCUGUCCAAGCAGUUCAGUAUGCAAUGGCCACAACAGCAGUGCCAAUACCUUCAAGGGUAGAUUCUAAUCGAAAAAAGCUUCAUAAACCACGUUCUGGGAAAACAACACCGCCGAGAUCUGCUCUCAAGCAACGUGACCGCGCACACAACGAAGUUGCACAUAAGACUCCACCUCCCGAAAAACCGGUGCUUCCGAAGGCUGCUCCCGAUGUAACGGACGGUGAGGCGCAUUUGGAAUCAAAGUCAAUCGCCAGCAGUAGUACAUCCUCAGACUCAUACGCGGAGUCGGCGGUUCGAAAGAAAUCGGCGUCUUCCGUACAGGAUGUUUGGUUAGCUACCGAAAAGUCCGAGAAAAGUAUUUCAUCCACUCACACUCUGCCUAACACUGAAACAACGGUUGGAAUAAAUGAUACUUCAUCGAAGUGUGUGGCGUUUUUGAUGGACGCAACUGAGCGAAAAGUUUCAAUAGAUACACCUGUUGAUAACCACACGCCUGCUGGUCGUUGGUCUCCUGGUGGUGAACACCAUUCGACAGUGUCCGCCUCGUCAACACAUCCCAAAUCUUCGCACACGAUUCAAGGCAAUGAAGCUAGGAUUAUGCUAGAGGAAGCUCUGAGGGAGCAACAGAGUACUUCUGCACACUAUCACAAUCCUCCUAUUUCAGACACGGGCAGCUAGCCAACAGAUAGUCGUGCUUCCAACUCUGGUGUGCUAACGGGUCCACGCGAAGUUCGUUUUCCGUGGAGUGUACAUACAACCAGUACCAAAUCCGCAAACGAUGUUCUGAAGGAAAUCAUUGCAGCUCUGGAAGUAACUCCCGGAUGCCGUUACGCUUAUGACCCACAUUUGCCAUAUCUACUGCGAUGCUCCUGGGCAGCCGAUCGUGGGUCACUAAAGGAAGUUAGUUCUGCCACCAACGCCACAGCGGCUACGAAUUUGGACGGUCUUCCUCCGGGACAAGUGUUCAGUAUACCCCACCACUGUGGUCUCCGAGACGAUCCUGUUCACUGGGAGAUGGAAGUUUGUCAGUUACCUCGGUUGCAUUUACGCGGAGUUCGAGUGAAGCGAAUCCGCGGUUCUGCUCUCCAGUUUCGCCCUAUUGCAGAUUUGGUUAUGAAAUCCCUACACCUGCCAACAGAUAGUCGUGCUUCCAACUCUGGUGUGCUAACGGGUCCACGCGAAGUUCGUUUUCCGUGGAGUGUACAUACAACCAGUACCAAAUCCGCAAACGAUGUUCUGAAGGAAAUCAUUGCAGCUCUGGAAGUAACUCCCGGAUGCCGUUACGCUUAUGACCCACAUUUGCCAUAUCUACUGCGAUGCUCCUGGGCAGCCGAUCGUGGGUCACUAAAGGAAGUUAGUUCUGCCACCAACGCCACAGCGGCUACGAAUUUGGACGGUCUUCCUCCGGGACAAGUGUUCAGUAUACCCCACCACUGUGGUCUCCGAGACGAUCCUGUUCACUGGGAGAUGGAAGUUUGUCAGUUACCUCGGUUGCAUUUACGCGGAGUUCGAGUGAAGCGAAUCCGCGGUUCUGCUCUCCAGUUUCGCCCUAUUGCAGAUUUGGUUAUGAAAUCCCUACACCUGUAGCCACGGUUAAAACAUGUGGAGUGGCCCCGUGAACUACGCUUCUGCGCGAGAGCACAACGUUCAGCAUCAUAAUCAAAGCCCUUAUACCUUCGGAGGAGUGAUUCUUCUGUGUCGGCGAAUCGCCACUGAAUCUAGUAUACAAGCACUAGACACUGCUCACCCUAUCGAAUGGACAAUCUGGGACGUUGUACAGUUGUACAUUUGUAUUCGAUGAAAGCGCACAAUCUUCAUCCAGAUCUAAUCUCAUAAUCUACUAAUCCCAAGCCUAUUCGUUAUAUCUACCUGUUUUCAUUUCUUCACGCUUCCUUUUCUCUAUCUCCGACUUUUCUUUCAUCUGUCGAUUCCGUUUUCGUUCGCAGUAUUAUGCGUUUCGUUGUCCAUGUGGAUAGCCUAAGGUCGUGCAAUUUUUGUGGGAGGCGGCUGCCUUUCUUACCAUACAGCAGAUGCAACUGGGUGACACUAAGGUCUGACAAUUCAACGUCUUCUUGCGCCAGCGCUGUUAUGUGAUCUCAGUGAAAUGUUGCAAACGUAUGUUCUACUUUCCAACCUUCAUAGUUGUGUUGGUCAUUACUUCACGACACUUACUUUACAUUCAUUUGAAGGCUUAUUUUUACAACUAGUUUCUGUAUAGUUACCGUUCUGUCCAGCCCAUCUUUCCCUUCUACACACGGUCACACUUUUCUUAUGAUGUUUUAUUUUGCCUAGCGCCCAUCUUUUUUGAUUCCAGUUGACCUUCCGAAUUGUCCAUAUCUUAUUCAUUCGGAGAUUUUUUCAUGCUCAUUCACUAGAGACUGGCCGUUAUGUAUCCAGUGUCCUUUGCCCUGCUUGUCUCCCGUUUACGGUGCCUGUCAUAUCUGGACCACACUCAUUCAGACUUUUCCACACAAUUCGACAAUUUAUUUUGUUUUAUGCAACUGUUUCGUAGUUCCUACCUAAUAUUGGGC